CAAGCUUCAGAAUCUUUCACUUCUCUUGUAAAAUUUGCUCGAAAACAUCUCAUUUUCGUUUCGAUUAAUGCCAAAAAUGAGUAGUGAUUCUCAUAAACUCCAUGUUAUGUUCUUCCCUUUCAUGGGAUAUGGCCACAUGAUCCCAACUCUAGACAUGGCUAAGCUUUUCUCCAGCAGAGGAGCCAAAUCCACAAUCAUCACCACACCUCUCAACGCCAAGAUCCUCCAAAAACCCAUCAACACAUUCAAGAGCCUGAACCCAAGCCUCAAAAUCGAGAUCCUGAUCAUCGAUUUCCCUUGCGUGCAGCUGGGGUUACCAGAAGGAUGUGAAAACCCUGAUUUUUUCACCUCAAACAACAACAGCGACGAAAGACAAACCAUGAUGUUAAAAUUCUUUGCCUCCAUGAGGUUUUUCAAAGACCAGCUUGAGAAGAUCCUCGAGACAACGAGACCAAGCUGUCUUAUCGCUGACAUGUUCUUCCCAUGGGCCACAGAAGCUGCUGAGAAGUUCAAUGUGCCAAGACUUGUGUUCCACGGCACUGGCUAUUUCUCAUUAUGCUCUGAACAUUGCAUCAGAAGAAUGCAUAAACCAAAAAAGAGCUGUGAGCCAUUUAAGGUCCCUGACCUCCCUGGGGACAUUACGAUGACUCAAGGACAGAUGAGAGACCUUGACGAAGAAACCGAGAUGGGGAAGUUUCUGAUCGAGGUUAUAGAAUCUGAAGUGAAGAGCUCUGGUGUUGUUGUGAAUAGCUUCUACGAGCUUGAACCUGAAUACGCAGAUUUUUACAAGAGUUCUGUAGCGACGAGAGCUUGGCAUAUUGGUCCGCUCUCGGUUCACAACAGAGGAUUUGAGGAGAAGGCUAAGAGAGGAAAGAAAGCGAGCAUUGAUGAGGUUGAAUGUCUCAAAUGGCUUAACUCCAAGAAACAAGAUUCGGUUAUUUACGUUUCAUUUGGGAGCGUUGCUUACAUCAAGAACGAGCAAUUGAUAGAGAUCGCUGCAGGGUUAGAAGCUUGUGGCGCAAGUUUCAUUUGGGUUGUGAGAAAACGUGGUGAAAGCAAAGGCGAAGAAGAAUGGUUACCAGAAGGGUUUGAAGAGAGGGUGAAAGAGAGAGGAAUGAUAAUAAGAGGAUGGGCUCCACAGGUGAUGAUACUUGACCACCAAGCAACCGGUGUUUUCGUGACUCAUUGCGGCUGGAACUCGGUUCUUGAAGGAGUGGCUGCAGGGCUUCCGAUGGUGACGUGGCCGGUUGGAGCGGAGCAAUUCUAUAACGAGAUAUUGGUAACGCAAGUGCUGAAGACGGGAGUUAGCGUGGGAACCAAGAAACAUGCGAGUAUGGGAGAUUUUGUUAGCAGAGAGAGUGUGGAGAAAGCGGUGGGGGAGGUGUUGGUUGGGGAAGAGGCCGAGGAGAGGCGAAGACGGGCAAUGAAGCUGGCUGAGAUGGCUAAAUCCGCCGUGGAAGGAGGGUCUUCUUAUAACGACCUAAGCAACUUCAUAGAAGAGUUCAGCUCAUGAUGAUAUGAUCCGGUUAACUCCUGCUUUUG